UCAAUGAAAAUACAAGUUUUAUCAGAUUUAUCGAUAACGAUUUUGCAUAUUUAUAUUAUUCCUUUGGCUUUGAAUAAUUUAAUUAACAAACAACAAUUAGGUACAUACCUUGAUGUAGAAAAAAGAAUGGACAAUAAUUUAGGCGAUUCCGAAAAGUUCAAAUCACGGUUGGCACAAUAAGAUGGCGGCAUUUAAUAGUAUGGUUUUCAGGUUAGUCAGCAUUGCUAUGUUAAACAACGAUUUCGACAAAGAACUUGAUUGGAUAACGUAUAUGAUAAGUAACGAUCUGAUGAUAUGCAGGUGUUCGCCGGUAAUCAAUCUCAGUCCGUCGUUAGCGUUGCUGAAGAUGGCAACGUUGUUGCCGAAACAAGUAUACACAGAGAGUGGAUAUUCAUUUAUAGCUAAGGGUUUUUAAUAUUAAGUUCUUAAAGGCGCCUCGAUUCGAAAUUAAAAAAAAAACGUAAAAAAUAAGCCAUCAUAACGGAAAGUUACUAUUUGUAUUUUAAACUGGCAACGGCCUAUACCAUAAUGAUGUUAUAAUAUUGUACUACAUAAUAAUAUAUUAUACAUACUUUAGCGAGAAACCAAAUUUGUGAUUGUUCCAUUUCGACAAGCGAGACCAAAAUAACAUAAUACAUUUCAGCGCAAACCUGCGAUCACGUAUCAAAGUUAACAGAUCUCGGAUCUAGAGUCGUCUCGCCAUGAUCGUCAUGAACAUAUUCUACGGAGGUUUUGCUUCGGGUCUGACAAUCUCCAUAUCGCUCGUCAUGUUGGUGAUUUUCGGAUUCUACGCAAUGUAUCCGGAUAAACGUCAAAAACAAAUAUCUCUGCUACCGACCACAACAAAAACCUACUUGGAAAUGAUAGUAACCAUAAUACACGUCGCUCGUCUGAGUCCUCAAGAUAUUUUCCCUUAUUUCUCCAGCGUGUUUAAAAGAGUGGGACCAUUGGUGCAUUUCAAAAUUAUAACAAAUGACUACGUCGUAUUAAACGAUCCCAAUGACGUAAAGCUUUUAUUGUCCAGUACUGAACAUAUUACCAAAGGACCGGAUUACAAGUUGCUCGAGCCCUGGUUAAACAAAGGGCUUUUGACCAGCACCGAUGAAAAAUGGCAAACGCGAAGAAAGUUACUGACCAAUACGUUCCACUUCAAAAUAUUAGGAACAUACAUACCCGUUCUCAACAAGCAUGCACACACUUUGGUGCAAAACCUUGCCAAGGCGUCGAAAAACGACGAACACAUUACGGACCUAUAUUCUCACAUGACCUUAUGUGGUUUAGAUAUUGUGUGCGAAACAAUCAUGGGCGUGAGCUUAAGAUCUCAAGAAGAACAAUCGACCGAUUACGUAAAUGCUAUAAAAACCGUGAGUCGUAUAAUCAUGAAAAGAAUGUUUACACUAUGGCUUUGGAGUGAUACGAUUUUCAAAAUCAGCACUACCGGCAGAGAAUUUUACAAAUCAUUAAAAGUACUGCACACAUUUACUGAAAACGUUAUUCAGGAAAGAAAACAAAAACUUAAUGACGCCAAAACUGAAAUGGCCGGUAUUAAUGGUUUAGAAAGAAAAAAAGUAUAUUCAUUCCUGGACCUAUUAAUCGGUAUUUCCAAAGAACAUCCAAGCUCAAUGACAGACGCUGACAUUCGGGAAGAAGUAGACACUUUUCUAUUCGAAGGACACGAUACAUCUUCAUUAGCAAUGACAAUGGCGUUGAUUCACAUCGGCAUGAAUCAAAACAUUCAGGAUGACAUCCGAGAAGAGCUUUAUGGAAUAUUUGGAGACAGCGAUCGAGAUGCUACAAUGGAAGACCUUAGAGCCAUGCCGAUAUUGGAGAGAGUAAUAAAGGAAACCAUGAGACUUUACCCUAGUGUUCCGGGCAUACAAAGAAAACUUAACCAACCGUUACACCUCAAAAACCACAUAAUACCGGCAGGAUCGGUUGUAGGCAUCAUUAUUUAUUUGUUGCAUCGUGACGAGUCAAUGUAUCCAAAUCCAGAAGCAUUUAAUCCCGAUCGAUUUUUACCAGAACAUUGUAACGACCGACACCCAUUCGGAUACAUACCGUUUAGCGCCGGACCGAGAAACUGUAUUGGUCAGAAAUUUGCCAUGUAUCAAAUGAAGACUGUAAUAUCAACGGUUGUUAGAUGCAUGAAAUUGGAAACGCUAGGAACACAAAAAGAUAUUGUCGUUGUUCCAGAGAUGGUGUUAAGGGCCGUUUCUUUGCCUAGUGUAAAGAUAACACCGCUUUUAAAAAAAUAAUGUAUAGUAUUAAAAUUAAAAUUAAAAUUUGUAAAUAAUGUAUUAGCCAUAUUAUACUGUCUUAAAACCUUGCUGUAGAACA